AGGAACGCCCUCCUGAAGAGCGAGGUUUCCCAUACUCAAAUUUUCGGCGUUCUGUGUUUCAUAAUUUUCCAAAUUCUUCCAGUAUUUUUCUGUAUAUUCACCGAUUACAAAACGUAAUUUGCAUGUAGGCAGUAUGAGUAAAUAUUUUUACUUAGAUGUUUCGUUAAACUUUCCUGACAGCAAGGAACUUGAUGUUGAUGCAAUCUCAUUCAAAAAUUACGUUUGUACAGCUGUGAGAACUUUGUUCGGAGAUUAAAUCUUCCUUACAGUUUGGAGCAAGUAUCAACAUUGACUUGCUUAAGUUUGACAAGGAGACUCGGCGCGGUAUCAUCCGUUGUCCAGCUAAGGAAUACGUGAAGGUCAGAGGAUCGCUAACCUUUUGUGGACAGUUGGACGGAACUUAUUGCUGUUUCGCUGUUCAUCAAUCCUCAUCUUUACUUCUCUCACUUCAGGCUAACAGCCGUACCUACCAACACAGCUGAUUUGUUCACAGGUCUUACAAUGUCUGUGUGUAAAAAAGAAGGAAAAGAUGUCAUUAUCUUUGCUGCGAAAGAAGAUCAUGAUAUUCCUAGUAAAAUAGAACUACCAGAACUUGAACCUCAACCUGGUUUAAUAUUUCCAAAUGGUGAAAUCAACUGGAAUUGCCCAUGUUUGGGUGGAAUGGCCACAGGACCAUGUGGUGUUGAAUUCCGCGAGGCUUUCCAAUGCUUCCAUUACAGUUCAGCAGAUCCUAAAGGAAGUGACUGUGUCGAUCUUUUUAAGGAGAUGCAGGGGUGUAUGUCUCAGUAUCCUGCUCUGUAUGAUAAUAAAGAUGGCAAAGAUGAUGACUAUGAAGAUGGUCUUGGAGACAAUAUGGAAAUGAAUGUGGAAAAGGCUAGUGCAAUAGAGCAACAGGAGAAUCAACCCAGUUCAGAAGCAAAUAGUACAGAUUUAAAAGGAAAACCUUAAGAGAAGCUUUUAGUAGAAUAUUGUGUAGUCCUUAGCACAUCAACACAUUUUGUAUUUUUUAGUUCUGUGUAUUAAAGAUAAAAUUACUGAAUGUUGCAACCAGUAUUUAUGUUACCAGCAAAGCAAUCAGGUUUUAUGGUGUUUAUAAAACUGCAAUUGUUUUUAAUUGCAAGUCAUCAGCUAUUUCUGUGUGAGGUAUUCUCAGUUGUGCUUGGAACUAAUAAUGUCAUUCCCUGAGUGAAUUGUAAUUGUAGAUUAAUUAUGGAUAAGAGUAAUUAUAUUCUUGGGAUACGUUGCUAAUCAAAAAUUAGCACACAGUCAAUGUUUGACUCUGUGUGGAAAAAUCGUUUCUUUGUUACUGUUAUGAAAUAAAUCAUUUUAAAAUUUCA